CGCCUGGACUUGCUCAAAGAGAGACCCACCACUACAACAGGAAGUCGUUCAGAGAGCAAAUAGCAUGAGGGUACGAUGCGCCGGGAGAGUUCUCGGCGCUUUUUAGAGUCGUUUCGGUUGGGAUUGGUAGUACCACGCACAUCAACAUCGGCCGUCCCAGGAUGUGGCACAGCGAUGUGCAAUCGAGAGUCAUAGUACUAUUGAAUUCUGCCUGACUGGAAGAUCUAAUGGUUUUCGUUUUCUCACUGUGCUUUAUUUGUUUAUUAACUUAUAUAAUUCUGAUUAAUGAAAAAGAAAUUAGUUUUGUUUAAGUAAGUGAUAAUGAAAGUGGUAACUGAUUUUCAACCUCUAUGAAGUCUUACUAACUAGAAAAUGGCUGCUAGAAAUGGGAUAGAAAAAGCAAGUGACUGUUUAAAUAUAUUUUGCAAUGUAGAAGCACCUUAUGAAAACAUGUUAUUGUUAUUAUCAUAGAGAAAAUGAAAAUAAUGAAAAGUCUAAUUAGUUUCCAAUAAAUGGUUUUAAAUUGCUGCAUAUGACACUGUCUGUCAGUACAAUAAUAGUGACUAUAGUUAAACAAGAUAGAAGAUGACAGUGCGCAGUGGUGUGUGUUUCCAACUCAAAGAGAAUACCGUUUAAAUAGAAGAAUGAAUCAGUCCUGAAGAUUCGUAAAUUAAGUUAGCAUCGUUUCCUGCCUAAAAGCCAAAAAUGUUGAAGGACCUGCACAGUGAAGCCCACAUGUGGCUCUCCGAAAUCUCCUCCACGGUGUCUAACAAAAGUGUGUCCAUAGUGUCCCCUGACAGAACCCCAGUGGCGUUCGUCUUUUCCCUUCUGGUGAUGUUGCUCCUCACAGCUGUCGUCCUGGUGUCCAACCUGGCCAUAGCUGCUGCUGUUUUAAGCAGCCCCCAGCUGAGGAACAAGCUAAACAACUACUUCAUCCUCAAUUUGUGCCUAGCUCAGGUGCUGGCUGCCUUGGUGGUGCUGCCGCUCUCCAUAGCGUCCUUCGUCAGCCAGCCGAAGGUGCUAGGCGUUGGGCUGUGUCUCUUCGCCCAGUUCCUCCAUGCUUGCCUCGUGAAUGCCAUGUGCUGGACAGUGUGCCUUAUAAGUGUUGGGAGGCACUACAUGAUACUGAUGCCGAUGGUGCACGAAGGGGAAGUCACGCUGUUUCGUACUCUGAUGGCGCUGCUCGUGGUCUGGCUAUUCAGCGUGGUGCCCUCGAGUUACCUGCUCAUAAGUCAAGAGCGAGGAAUUGGGUCUGCAGUCUGCUGUGGAUGGGGACUUGGUGUCUUGUCCUCCAGCGAGGGAUAUGUUCUGUGCGUGACUAUACUGGAGUUCCUCCUACCUGGGGUCACAAUGCUCUGCAUGUAUUUCCCCAUCUACAGGGUUGCGGUCAGAGCAGUCAGAUGUUCCGACGAACAAGCCAUAUCGACAAUCAGCAGCCAAGUUGCGGACAGAGGCGACAUCUCGCCAUCUCUGCACCAGUCGGCGGAAGAGCUCCCUGUGCCGCUGGCGGCCGGGUUCCAGAACAGCGCAGAAGCCAACCGCCGCUCCGCAUCUCUCGGGGCGAACGGCACUUCUUCGGCCGUGGUUUUCUGGAAGAGCAAAGAUCGGGUCGAGCUGAGGAAGGGCGGGUACAAGCCGAGCAUCGUUCUGUCCAGCAACCCUGUGCUGACCUCGAAGGAAGGGGCUGCUAAGGAGGCGCUGGUCGAGAGUGCCUGGGGAAGCGCCAGUUGGGUCGCCAGCUCCAGGACUGACAUCACAUGCUCGCUGCCCAAUGGGAAUGGCGCCUUGCACAGGAGCUCGAAUGAAAAUAUGGAGAACGUGAGAAUUUCUCGAAACGAGAGAAGUCGGGGCCUGGCUGCCAAGAAAGCUGCCCGUACCCUCAUGAUGGUCGUGGGCACGUUUUGGCUCCUUUGUCUUCCGUACUUCGCCUUCAACGUCUACCUGGCCAUUGCUCACCGCGCCCCCGAUUUCUACAGCGGUGGGGUCGAGAAGAGCUUCACGAUCAUCCGGGAAAUAAUCGAGAUGCCGAAAGGCUUGUCAAACCUCGACCCUGAGCAGCUGAACCUGCUGGAAAAUUCCCUCAAGGACGCCUUCAACAUCUCCAGGUCCUGCAUCACUUCCCUCAAGAAUCAGGUGGGAGAUGAAAAGGCUCCGUUGUUCGAGAUGCUGUCUUACAUAACAGAGUGGCUUCUGUAUUGUUCCUUCGCCAUCAACCCCUUCCUCUACGGAUUCAUGGACAGGGAUAUUCGUACUCAGCUGGCAUUGCUGCUGAGCGAGACCUGGCAAGUAUGCUCGUCAUGCGGACGCAAGGGGAGCCGGGUACAGCCCUCCUCUCCUUCCCAGGUCUGUGACGCUGAGAGCGGCAUUGCCCGGGACUCAGCCCGGCUGGAAAACAUCAUAGAGUUUCUGCAAAGGACUGACCAUCGAGAGGAUCAAACACCCCCCAGAAGGCCACGAAGCUCCAUUUUCGUCUGAGAGACACCGGAUCACCUCAGUGAGGAACUGGAGGUCAUCUUCGCCAUGGAUCUUAGUUGUACCUCGGAAGGACAAUUUUGGAACUAAGUUUCCUCCUUAAGGGUACACUGUAUUCAACAGUCCUCUUGUAUAUUAUAAGGAUCAUCAUCACAAGCCAUUUUUUCAUGAAUAUCAUUCCCAUUGUUAGAAUGUAGGUUAAUAAAGUCAAGAGGAGUGCGUGAGAGACGUAUAAAUAAAUAUGAGGACUGCAGGAAACUGGAGAAGAAUAAGGCGAACAUAGUCUCAUCUAGUGCCAGCAGCUAGAGUAGACAAUAACUGAACAAUCAGAUAUUUGGGACAACAAAUUCAUAAUUUCAGUCCAGAAUGAUGAGAUUAACCGGUGUGUUUUGCACAUUGUGACCUGACGAGAACUUGGUUGACAAAGAAAACCUUUAAAUUCUUUCCAUACACAUUUUUUUUGCUGGUAAAAACUGCACAUCUUGCAUUACUUCAGUUACUCAUUCCACGACGCGAUUCAUUACAUUAUGUGAACACUUGGCUUCCUGCACUUUACUUAUAUGCUUACACUUUAACACGAAGCUGAUAUCUUCCCAGUCUGUUCUUUUCAUAGUCCUUUAAGAGCCAAAGCUCGUUACUUAUUUUCUGUACUGCAACUGUAGCUACCUAAGACAUUGUUCAUGGGCUAUUGAACCAGAACAAAGAAUGAACAAUUUAUGGAUUGAAUUCAGUAAGAAGUAUCUUCUUUGCAUGUCUAGGCUUAGGAAGCUUCUCUUGUUUGGCUGAGUUUAAUAUCAGGUAAUCCGCCUAAGCAAAGUUUGUUGAGGGAUUGCCUAAACGGGCAGUGUUAUUCCAUUUUCAUUGUUUUUAGACAAGCACUUUAUUUUUAAGUUUUCAAAUAUCAAUCCUAAUUUUCCUUUUUGUAUCAUUUUUGGUCACCACUGUUUCAAAUGCUCUGACCACCAAACUGAGGAUGAUUUUCUACAAUUCGCUUAACUCCAUUUUUAAUCAGCUUAAUCUCUUUCCUCAUUAACUAGGUUUAACCCUUUCUCUCUUCUACCAUUUCCUGUCAUGGUUGCAUUAAAGCAAGGUCAUAUAAAUGCUCUGGGUAAUUAAAUGUAAGUUUUCCACAAUGAACCAGCCGUUUGUCUUCAGAAGUUUUCUGUGAAAAUUUCUGUAAAAUCUUUUGAAGUCUGGAGUAAAUCUGCCACAUGAGGCUAUUCUGUCUUUUGGUUUCUGUAAAUUAAAAUUCUGCCUUGUGAAUACUGUCUUUUUUCUUGCUGUGAUAAGGAAACCGUUUGGCUGUCAUUACUGAAAUAUUUUCCGUAUGGUAAUGAAUGAACAGGCAGAUUCAUGGAUCUUAGGCCCUGUCCACACUAGCAGGCACUGUCCAAUGGACAAACACUGUUCCCAUAACCCAUUCCACUGUACUGACAGGCCAAGUGUGGAGCCAGAACGAUGCGACUGUCAGGUAACAUUGCUUCAGAACGAGAGAAAGUAUAAAUAGCUGGAAAUGCCUGACGGUCAUGCCCACUAGUUUGGACAGGCCAUUACAGCUUCAAAACUGUCUUUUAUCUAAGUUACUACGUCUUUUAAGUAAGGAAGAGAAUUCUUAUUGUGAUAAUUACUUACCAAGGCUUGGUGUGUAAGCAUACCAGUGUCAUAAGACUCUAUUUGAAGACUAAAAGGAAAUAAAUGACAGAAAAACUUG